AUGGCUCCAUUUUUCCCAGUUGGCAGCCGUUAUCUGGCAUAUGAUCUCUUCUAUAAGAAUGCCAUUGUUGUUGUGCAGAAAGUGAAGGAAUCGGAGAUUACCGAGCAGGACUCGCUUCUCCUGACGAGGAAUCUGCUGCGAAUUGCAAUAUUCAACAUUAGUUACAUCAGGGGCCUUUUCCCUGAGAAAUAUUUCACUGACAAAUCUGUUCCAGCUUUGGAUAUGAAAAUUAAGAAACUAAUGCCAAUGGAUGCGGAGUCACGCAGACUCAUUGACUGGAUGGAAAAAGGUGUUUAUGAUGCAUUACAGAAGAAGUACCUGAAAACGCUUCUCUUUUGUGUGUGUGAAGCUGUUGAAGGGCCAAUGAUUGAAGAAUAUGCAUUUUCUUUCAGUUAUCCAAAUUCUGAUUCUCAAGAAGUUUCAAUGAACAUUAAUCGUUCUGGAACCAAGAAGGGAGGGACCUUCAAAUGCAAUUCCACAAAAGAAGUUACUCCCAAUGAGAUGAGGAGUUCUGCAUGUAAGAUGGUCAGAACAUUGGUUCAACUGAUGAGAACUCUGGACCAGAUGCCAGAAGAGCGUAUUAUCCUGAUGAAGCUCUUGUAUGAGGAUAUCACGCCUGCUGAUUAUGAGCCUCCUUUCUUCCGAGGCUGCACAGAAGAGGAAGCUCAAAAUCCCUGGAGUAAAAUUCCUCUCAAGAUGGAGGUUGGAAAUGUCAACAGCAAGCAUUUGGUACUAACUCUGAAGGUUAAGAGUGUGCUUGAUCCUUGUGAGGAUGAACAUGAUGAAAACCAGGAUGAAGUGAGCUUGGGAGCUGCUGAUUCUUCUCAGACUGACGGAGAUAGUGAUUCUGAUAGUGAUGCCAGUAUGUCAGAUGAAGAUCAAUACAUAGUUGCGCCAGUCGAAAAGCAGCAGGGUCCUGAAAAUGGCACCACUGUUGAUGAAGAUGAUACUCAGGAUCCAGCAGAGGAUGAACAACAAUUAGAGCGGGUAAAGGACUGGAUCAACGCCUACCACCUUGAAACCAUUGAACUUACUGACAUUCUCGCAAACUUUCCAGAUAUCUCAGUGGUUUUGAUUGAAGAAAUCAUGGAUAAGCUCAUUAAGGAAGGUGUACUAUCAAAAUCUGGUGAAGACAGUUAUAAUAUCAACAAAAAGAAGAAAUUUGACUAUGAGUUUGAUGUUGUGAAAGAAGAACCCAAUGUUCAAAUGUUACCAAUUGGAAAGUACAGUACAGAUGAAGGUCUUAUGUACAUGAAGGCUUUGUAUCAUGCUCUCCCAAUGAACUACAUCACUGCUGCAAAGCUUCAGAGUAAACUCGAUGGAGAAGCCAACCUGACUACUGUGCGAAAGUUAAUAAAUAAAAUGACCCAAGAUGGCUUUGUUGAGGCUAAUAGCAACCGCAAAUUAGGGAGGCGAGUCAUACACUCAGAUCUGACAGAGAAAAAGUUGUUGGAAGUCAAGAAAACCCUGGACUUGGAUGCCGCCAUGGAUGUGGAUGUGAAUGAAUCUACUAAAAAGCCCAACCGAAAUAGUCACAAGGAUUUGUCCACCUGUGGUGGCCUUCACUCUAUUGGAUCAGAUCUUACACGUACUAGAGGCCGAUCUGAUGGAUAUGAGAAUGGUUCCAUUAGGAGCGAGCACACUGUCUCAAAGAGAAAGGAGCAUGGAAAUACGCCCAUGAGUAGAGCUGAGCCCGUGGCUUCUGGGGAGAGUUUUGCUGCUGGGGCUGAGAAUGGCAGAGAUAAAUCAAACACAAAUCUCCAAGAUGAAGUUGACACUGUUUUAUGUAGCAGGUCUACACAAGGCAAGCGUUACAGGAAAGCAAGCACGGUCAGAGAGCCAAUCCUUCAGUACAUAAAGCGCCAGAAAUCUCAAGCUCAGUAGAAGCUCUUGAAGCAAU